CUAGAGUUAAGGGCCACGUAUUACAAAUCUAGAAUUGUGUGCUUCUGCCAAAGAAUUUUGCUGUGCAAUGCGGUGCCUGCGUCCAUAGGACAAAAAGACCUGAGGGAAUUUCGCGACUGCCAUUGCAUAUAUAUCUGUCGAGGACCGACCCGACCGACGCCUCGCGAAUGCAGGCGUCCCUACACGCUGCGUUUCGGGAUGGCAACACAUUUGAGGGCGACGAGCUCUCACCUGGGGAGCUGCUCGCAGCCCAGGGCCCCUCGCGUGCAGUUCUAGAUGACCCUGUAAACCAGGACAACCGGCAGCUUUUCUUCGCCAAAGUCCUGCGCUCGGCGACUGAGGAGGAGGUCAGGAUGCUUUUUGGCCAGUUUGGCAAGGUCACGGAUGUCAACCUGUUCCGAGCUUUCCAGGGCGCGCCCACGACGAAGGGCUGCGGCCUGGUGACGAUGGGCACGCACACGGAGGCGGUGUCGGCCAUUGCGGCGUUGGACAACCAGUAUGUGUGGGAGGGCAUGGAGACGCCCAUGGUGGUUAAGUGGAUGGACAUGGCGCUGCAGCGGCGCCGCAGGGAGCAGCACCUCGCCAACAUGCGGCAGGCCAUGGCGGGAGGCGCGGGCCUGGGCUUUGUGCCCGGCGGCCUAGCGCUGGCGACCUCGCUGCCCGUGGCGCCCAACCUCAGCAUGAUGCAGACUACUUUCCUAGACGCGCUGGAGCCGACUGAGAACCCGCCGCCCGGCUGCGCGCCGGACGCCAUCAAGCUGUUUGUGGGCAACGUGCCCAAGAGCUGCACGGAUGAGCAGCUGCUGCCGCUCUUCCAGUCCAUCGGCAAGGUGGUGGAGCUGGUGAUAGUGCACGACAAGGCCACGCACGAGUCCAAGGGCAGCGCCUUCGUGUGGUACGCGAACCGCGCGGACGCGGAGCGCGCCAUCCUGCAGUUCAACUUCCGGCACGUGCUGCCCGACCCCUCGGGCGACCAGGACCGGCCGCUGGUGGUGCGUCGCGCCAAGACGCGCGCCAAGCCGCUCAAGACGGGCUCCUUGCUGGGCAGCCUGGGCGCGGUGGGUGGGCCCGGCAUCGGCGGCAUGGCGGGCGUGGGCUCGGCGGCGCCGUUCUUCAAGAUGCAGAACGCCGGCAUGGUUGGUCUGGCCGGCCUGGAGGCCCUGCAGCUCGGCGAUGCCGCCACUCACUCCCUGGCGGCCUACGGAGGCGCCGGCCUACAGCAGGCGAGCAUGGGUGGUAUGGGCGGCGGCGGGCCCGGCUCCGCCGGCCUCACCAUGCCCACCUACAGACCCAUGGGCCUCGGCCUUGCGGGCGGCGGCGGCGGUUUGUACGAUGCCUAUGCUGGCGGCAGCGACCAGCUCUUCGGCGAUUUGGGUCUGGGCGGCGGCGCUGGCGGCGCCGGCGCCGGCGGCGGGCUAGAUGUGCUCGGCGGGCUGCAGCAGCCGGUCGGCGGCGGCGGCGGCGGCGGCAUGGCACAGCCUCUGGCUCAGAGCAUGACGCUGAACCAGAACCAGCUGGCGGUGCUGAACACGCACUUGUUCAGUGUGCAGACCGUCAGCGGCGCGCAGCUGCACAUCUCGCCAGGCGCUCCAGGUCUUUUCAACCUGGUCGUGUCCGGCAACAAAGCACAGGUAGAGACCGCAAAGGGUCUCAUCCAGACUGUCCUGUCCCAUGCUUAAUGCCCAACAAACAAAGAAGGGCUUCAUUACUUACUGAUGCUGGUGUGAGCAAAGCCGCAGCGCACCAUAGCACGCGCUCGGUGCGCUGUUUAUGGCUGCCCCAUCGGCUUUUGGGGACAAAGCAAAGAGCACGGGUUUGGACAGGGAAUGAUGAUCGUGGCUUGUGGGGAAAGGCUGGCCGCGCACAACUGCGAACUGAGGAAGAGAGCGAUAUCCCCUUAAGUACAAGAGAUGGUGCUAUGCAAGAUGCGCAUGCUAUUCCUUUUCGUCCGUACCAUCGUCGGGAGUUGUUGUGCCAUGCAUCACAUGACUGGGGCUGGUCCUUUCCGAAUGCGCAUCCCUCCAGCUCAAAAAUGACACAUUAAACUUUGCGGUUAUGUCCGAUGUUGGUCAAGCUAUGUGUUUACGUAGACUCAAGCACUGACAUGAGGCAUGGUCGGAAGCCCCUCGCACGGCUGUGUGGUGAGGCAGUGGGUUCGGCUGGCUGACAAUCGAGAGGCGGCGAACGGUGAAGGUUUGAAAGGUACUUUUCGGCGUGAAGCAAAGGCAAAAACUGAGGCAGCUGAUGCAGAUGUUUAUAUUGUUACAACUACGAGCAGAUGCAGAUGCAUGUUGUAGUUGUUCGAGGGGCCCUGCGCGCCGUGCUUGUAGGGGACACUACCGGCCGACUGGGAGUGCACGGCACCUGGCAAAGUUGAAUGCCGACAAAACGCUGUGUCCUAAUCUAUGUCCUGUCAUGGGGCAUGCCAUUUGCAGUCAUGAGAGUGUGGAUGUUAACCGUACCUUCAAAUGAUGUGCGCCAAGGAAAAGAUGUGGUGGCGAGGAUGGCAUUGGGGGUGCAAGUGACCAUACCUCUGCCGCUGUUUGCCUUUGCUGUGCUUUGGGGCACCUUUCGAAAUGUUUUAGAGUCUGGGACAAGAAGUAUGCGCGCGUAACAUGCGCGGUAGGGCUUGCGUGCGUGUUCUCACUCACUAUAAACGCUUGCCAUGUGAAGACAACGAACGCGCGGAUUCCAGGCUAUAUUAAGACUGCCGUUGGAAGCUGUUAGCAGGAAUGUGUAGCAAAAGGCUGUGGACUGUCAAUGUGGUUAAGGAAGGGCGGCAGUGCAGUGUUGGGUCGUCCCGGCGAGACCCAGUACCGCAGAUGGAGUGUCAGAGGGCCAGGCGAACUUCGUGAACAGCGCUGCAGUGCUCCGGCAUGAAAGAAAUGUUGGUUAAGGUUUCCGCGGGGUGACAAAUGACUUUCUAUGUUUUAAUCCUUGACAUUGUCGGCGGUAGAACAAGUACCGUAAUGCACCGGCACCAUACCAUGCAUAUGUGUGUGCGCAAUAGCAUUGGGUAGGCUUAGUGGUGGAUGCUUCGGCUCGCGUGGCGCGCGUGGGGUCAUUGGGGCGUGUGGUUCCGGAGCCCAGCAGCCGCCGCCACCAAGGCCAAGAUAUCGGCGGCUAUGAAGGGCAACACCAACAGGAUGAAGAAACGUUAAACCAAGUUGCUGCUGAGUUGUUGCUUGCGACUGAUCUUCAAUCAAGCCGCGGCUGCGGCUUGCCUUUGAUCCGCAUGUAGAGCCUGUGAAAGGGAACUGGCACCAACGGUAGUAGGUCGGGGUCGCGGCGUGUCUGGCCGCCACACAAUAUUCACGGAGAAGAGGUGGCUGUUAUAAGCUGCGACUGAAGAUGCGCAUGCUGCAAUGCUGGUAUUGUGGUGAUGGUGCGGGCGUGAUGGAGGCGGGUACGCGUUGGGUGGGUUGGGCCAGUGCCAGACUUGAGGUAUGGCGGUACGGAGGCGUGUCGCCGUCGAAGUGCGUAGUUGCGUGUCGCGAGCAUAGCAGUUGGCGACGUGUUUCUCUGAGCAUUGUUGCAUGUACACGGUGUAGCAGUUGCGUAGUUGGACGUUGCGGAGGGGUGAACCAACCGGGGGCUGUGCAGCUGUAGGUGCCAGACAGUGGCUGCCAGUCGAUGGCAGGUUCAAGAGCACCAGAUGACAUGAGAGUAGUUGCAAGCAUCAUUGUGUAAAGAAUAGGUGCGUCAGCAAAGUCGGCCGCGCGCGUUUAUGGCCCCAUGGUGGGGGCAUCCGCGCGGGGGCAUCCUCUCGCCGCCCCAGUGUUACCACGCGCGACACCACUACUGGCUACUCGCUUUCGCCACCACCGCCAUCUUCAAGCGGUGCUGCACCCUGAAUCCCUGCCCCUGGCGGCUGAAAAUAACUUUUCGU